AAUGCAGAUCGACGAUACUUAUCUCAGCUGUAUCUCGUUGUGACAUUCGAUUAUUUGAUGAGGAGUUUCGAGAGAAUUCGAGGACGCGAAUUUCACGUUAUAUUCGUCGUUUCGUCGAGAUAGGCUAAUUGGGCGAGAAGAAUAUAAUGGAUACUGGCGAUGCAAAUGUCAAGGUAGAAAAUAACGAGAUGCCCCCUCAGAAAAUGAAAUACGAAUGGUAUCAGACGGACACUCAUGUCUUUGUGAUCGUACUUGCAAAGAAAACGGAAAAUGUGAAAAUUUCAUAUGGAGAAAAUACGCUGAGUGUAUCAGCAAAAUUGCCAUCCAGUAAUGAAUACAGCUUAGAAUUAGAUCUGGCGUAUCCGAUAGUACCUGAACAAUCCUCACAUAAGGUAUUGCCAUCUAAAAUAGAAAUCAAAAUGAAAAAGCAGGAUGGCAGUAGGUGGAGCGAGCUGGAGGGCAAUCCAGUCGAGCACAGUAAAGUGAAACCUAUACCGAGUGAAAUACUCCAAGCUAGCGAACAACCGCCUAGAUAUCCAAGCUCUUCCAAAAAAUGCAAAGACUGGAAUAAGGUAGAGAAGGAAAUAGAGAAACAGGAGGCAGCGGAAAUGCCAGAGGGCGAGGCAGCGGUAAAUGCUCUUUUUCAAAAAAUUUAUGGCAACGGGUCUGACGAAGUAAGACGUGCAAUGAACAAGUCCUUUAUUGAAUCCGGUGGCACUGUUCUGAGCACCAACUGGGACGAAGUGGCCGUAAAACCAGUCGAGAGAAAACCACCGACCGGCAUGGAAUGGAAAUCUUGGAAUUCGUAAUUGCUCGGGAUAUCAGUUUUUCGUUAUUUCUUGUAUUGAAUAAUUUUGCGUUCGCAAUCUUCAAUUUUAUUCGAUUUCCACGACGGGACGAUCAAUUCAUCAGAAAUCAUACAGUAUUGUCAGUAUCUCGUAAUUUCAAGUGAUACCCUUCUUUCUUAUGCACGACAAAACAUGUUGAUUAAAAAUUACUUUCCAUUGUAUAUACACUUACUUUCAAUUAUAUGUACCAUGCAUUAAUGUUGCCAUUCUGAUGUCUCGUGUAACGCGUUAUUUAACAGAUUUUUUUAUUUAUAUAAGUACAUAAUAUAGAAUGUUAUUAUAUGUAUGGUGAAACAGUGAAAAUAAAUACUCGUAAUGUAAUUUCAUAGUUUGCACAAGUUGUAGCAACCGUGGAGCGUUUCACCUGCCAAAUGAAUGUAAAGAUAGCACUUAUUAAAAACACUUGU